CGAACAAGCGAAGCUCUUCCACGCAACCCAAGCAAGAGUCCGUUGACUCAGCCUGUGAACUGUCAAACGUGAUAUUUGUUGUGCAAAUAAUAUCGAAAGAACGCUUUGAAAGGAUAUAAACAAUGUUAAAACCAAAAGCACUUACGCAAGUUCUCAGCCAGGCGAAUACAGGGGGCGUUGAAAACACACUGCUACUCAGCAGGGACGGAGGACUUCUUGCCUACAGCGGAUAUGGGGAUAAAGAUGCCAGGGUCACUGCAGCGAUAACGAGCAACAUUUGGUCCGCUUAUGAAAAGAAUGGUCGUAACGCCUUCAAGGAGGAUGAACUGCAGUUUGUCCUGAUGGACUGCAUGGAGGGUAAGGUCGUUGUAACAGAAGUGGCAAAUCUGCUACUCUGUCUCUACGCUAGAAAAAAUGUGGGAUUUGGACUUCUCCGAGAAAAGGCACAAGCUCUUGCUAAGUACCUGGAUCAGCCGUUGAAAACGAUAGCCAGUAUGCCAUGAUGAAGGAAAAUUGAAGUAAUUGAUUAACAAGAGUGUAAUACUCUUUCACUCUCAUCCUGUUAUUCUACUAUUAUUAAUUCUUUUAUUAUUAU